AUGGAAACGAAGCCAACCCCACCUAAGCAAAAUGUAGCCAUACAAAAGAACAUCUUAGACGCAAAACUAUCCAAGGAUAGUCAGAACAAUGAGAGAAAAAUUAAGCACAACAAGAAUUCACUUAUUUUGAGUAAACAGUUUUAUGGAAUAAUUGGAGGAAUUACAGUUGGAAUAUUAGGGAUCCAAGGCACAUACGGUUUUUUGCUCUUUUCCUUAUUCACUGUAAUAGGGACAUUAAUGACCUUCUCUCAUAUCAGAACUGACUUUAAGUCUUAUUUUAUGAAACCAUCUGACAUUUUGUGCCGUGACUUUUUUAGUGGAUUGAUAGUAAGCUUAUAUGGGAUCCUUCAUAUUAUUCUGGACCUUAUCCUACGAUUUAAUAUACAUUUUUUGAAGGCAAGUAUGGACUUGGACCUAAACCUACAUGAGAAAUACUUCCUAAACACGAUAAAAGAAAAGUUGGGAAAAAACUCUCCUAACACCGGCGUAUCUAGUAAGUAUGAAUCCAUUUUUAUCAGUGGCAUUUUUUGGGUCCUAAGUGGGCUCACAAUAGUAAGGAAGAAUAGAAAGAGCCUCGAUGAGGUACUCGAUAGGAAGGUAAUAGACACCCUCUACUCCGUAGUAAUGAAAUGUUUGGAGAAAAAGAAAAUUAAGCAGAAAUACAUUUACAAGUUAAAAAAGGAAAAGCACUUUUUAUCAAAUGAGGAUAUUGACCAAAUAGUUGGUGCGUCGAAAAGUGGCCCUAGCAGUUUGUAUGAGGUGGUUUGUGGCAAGGGAGAAGACAGUGGAUUAUCAGCCCAGUGCGAAAAUGUCCCGACUAGUCAUAAAAAGAAGUGCGACGAAAAGGCAGUUUUAACGGAAGAAAGAAAUGCGGAACGGAUAGCUACGCCAGAAUGCGCAAACCGAGUGGAAGGGGAAGAAUCCAACAGAGUCGUGAAGACGACAAGUGUGUGUAAAAGGAAAAAAAAGAGAUUCUAUCUAUGUGGAUUCAGUCCAUGCAGCAAAAGCAACCUAUACGAGGCGAACGUAAUAUCCACCUUAAGCGCUAUUCAAGUAUUAUUUUUGUUAAACAAAAUAAGUGAAGAAGAUAUAAGCACGAAAAUGAUCCUGGAGAUAUACAAUUUUGUUUACUUCCUUUUUGAUGAGAAGAAAGGUUUUUACCACUUUUCACUGAGCAGUGCAAGGUUUCAAUUCGAUGGCGAUAUGCGUUUCAUGUUCUGUGCCUUAUCAGUUUUACAUUUUUUAUCCCUCCUGUUGAGGAAGCGAAAUGUUCGUAUUAGUUUGUAUAACAAUGAUGAGAGAUGUGCCCACUGGAUAUUAACCUGCUUAAACUUGGAUGGAGGUUUUUCAAACAUCCCCGGGGCAGAGUCACAUGCAGGCACGACGUUUUGUGCGAUCAAUUCUUUAAACAUGCUAAGGGUCAGGGGGAGUGAAAAUUACUUGUCAGAUAACGGCCUCUUACGCGGGAAACUAAUUAGAUGGCUCUGUGAUAGGUAUGACAACUUGGGCAUUAAUGGACGUGUCGGAAAGGACCACGAUGUCUGUUACGCGUGGUGGGUUUUGGGAAGUUUAGUUGCCCUGAAAACAAAUUUAACUGAACUGUUUAAUGUAAACAUUUUAAUUACCUUCAUUUUGACGUGCCAAGAUAAACAGAAGGGAGGUUUUUCAAGAACGGCAUUUAAAAAUAAUGGGGAUAGAAAUAAGCCCUUUAAUUUUUAUGAGGGGGAAAAUUUAUCCCACCAAGAAGCGGACCUCUUUCAUAGCUUCUUCGCCCUAUGUGCUCUCUCACUUAUAUAUCACAAUUUUUGUCAUUAUAAAAAGAAGCACCGAAAGAAAUUUCAGCUGCUCGGUGGGGAUGUAAUUCCACAGGAGUUAGAGUGUACCCUCUCCCAGAUGUGCAUUGCGUGUGCCGUGGAUAAGUGA